AUGCAUAGCAACACCCGGCCGGAGGCAGUGUGGAACCUCGUCCCUCCAGGGAGGCCGCCUUCAGGACCGGCACUUCACACCCAGGCCAAAAACAGGCCUUUCGCGCUCCUCAAGAGCCUCGAGCCUCCGAGAGGCCCCGACUACUUCCCCAUGGAAAAUUUCCGCAGACCCUUGUGGCCGGACGACGAUCGCGUUGGCGCAAGCGGUAUCGGUGCCGGUGGUGGGCGCGGACACGGCACAGGACCUGGCACAGCCAGCGACCGCCACAUCUCGCAAGCCGCCAACGCUAGAACCAGCCAACACUCGUCCCCUCAUCUCCACACUCCCACGUCGGGACCCCGUGGAACAGGGCGGGGGAUGGCGUCCUUCAGCCCGGCGUUGUCCCGCGCGUCGACGACGAUGAUGACUCCGGUCCAACAGACCCAGCAGAAGCCGGAAGGGUUCAGCAUGUUCGGCGGGAAGGCGUAUUCUACACCUGCGAGCCACGGUAGCAUCUGCAGCCAACCUCCGCUAUCAUCGCACACCCCGAUCGGCAGCAAUACACCUACUGUCGCCCCUGGCACGAUUCCCUACGGCGGUGGCGGUAGCAGCGGCGUUGGCGGCGGGUUAGCUCGAUUCAAGACGCUGGUACAGGAGACCCAGGAAGAGGAGCACAUGAAACAACAAGAGAGACGACGGGGCAGCGGUAGGGGCGGCAGCAGCAGCGGAUGCGGUAUCCGCGACUCCACCGCGCGCGGGAUGCCUUCGCCAUCGUCGAAUUUCCUCUCUCCCUCCUCGUUGAUGGGGUCCCCGCCGAAUGCUUUGACCCCUUGCGACGACUCACCCUCCUCCUCCGCGGCAUACGCCUUCACGCCGUCUUCACCAGCCGCCCCUCCUUCGUACCCCAAUUGGCCUGCCGGCCCCUUGACGGCAGCAGGGCGGAAGAGACCGAGAGCGCCAAGCACUGCUACAGCUGCUCUUGGACGGCCAAUGACCCCAGGGACGGUCCUGUCCGUCGGUGGUGGCAACCUCAGCGCCGAUGUUUCGGGGGCAAGGACCUGGGGUAGCCUGGCCGAAGGCAGCAGAGGCAGGGCAGGGCAGGUGCAGCAGCAGCAACAACAGCGUCGGCAGGCGAACCCAAGGCCGCCUGCCGCACACGGGGCAUCUGGGGCAGCGGCGCGGGCAGGGGUGGCAAGCAGCGUCUCCUCCCGGUCCCCGCGGCCCGCUAGGAACAAAUCUCCGUCGCAAUCGCCGCGCACGUCACAGCCCCCGCCGACGCCCAGGCGGUACAAGUUGGACGAUUUUGCGGGGGCGGACGACGUUUGUUUCAAUGCCGCGGCAUCCUCUGAAGGAUUGGCGAUUUUUCUAGAGAGGUGCGAAGCGAGCGGGGUUGCAUCGCUGUCGGUGCUCUGGGCCGACCUGACAACAAGCUUUUCAGCGAUGACCGUCAAGAGCUGCCUGCCGAGUCAAAGCUGCUUCCGAUGGAACUGCGCUUGUGGUAGACAGCCAAGGGCGCAACAAGCCACUGCUCCGAUGAUAGGCGCCGUGGUUUAUCUUCCGGGCAGGGCUGAGAGGAUUGCGUGGGGAGCCUCCGCUGGGACGGAAAGCGAUACGAGUGGGUGCUCCCAGGAGGACGAUUUUGAAGAGGGAGAGAUGUAUCUCCUUCCCCUGGCAGCCUGUGUCGGAGAGGACAAGGAGGCCGCCAAGGCCGCAGGCUACCACCUCCCGCUCGAUUGCGAGACGAGCUACGAUGAGCGCUGGGCAGCUUUCGCCAAGCUGGUCGCUCUGCCCGUCAAGAAGGUGGCGCUGAUGCCGUUGAUCGCUUGGAGGAGACGCCCAGAAUCCAGAACUUUUCUCGCUCGAUCCGCUGCUGCUGCUGCGGAAGGUGGCAGCAACAGAGAUGGACACGCACCUUCUGCCGACUCUUCGCCGCCGCCGCCGCCGCAGCAGCGGCAGCAUUUGUCAACCAAACACCACACAACGGUAUCCGGGCUUUUUGACACGCGCGUGGCGGCUUGGAUGACGGACACCGGGAAAGCGGACAAAGCCUUAGAAUUUGAAGCGCUGUGUGUUUCCUGGCUCAAGGGUGAGGGGUCCGACGCCGAAGGAGUCAAUGCCGGGAGUGGCGAUGGAGGUCGCUUGCCGGCAAUCGUGGCAGCCGUCGCACGCGCUGAAGGAUGCUGCAGGCGAAACUUAGCCCUAGCGGGGAAGAUUUCGGCCGAGCUAGAAGGGGCAAAGAUGCUGGCCGCCUGCGAACAGGUGGAGAUGCCAGCGAUCCCCGUCCUCGCCGGGAUGGAGGUGUCAGGGGUCGUGUUCCUGCCGGAGAGGGUGACUCGCUUCUCUGACGCCUUGGGGAAUCACCUCGAAGGGCUGAAGCGGACUGCGGUCAAGGCGGUCGGAGGAAGAGACUUCAACCUUGCUUCUCCGGACCAGGUGGCUGACGUCCUGUUCAAGCAUCUCAAGCUUCCAUCCCCUCCCGUAAAAGCUGGGAGCGUUCAUGCUUCAACUUCUGCCGAGGUGUUGGAAGGGCUGCAAGGGAAACACGCCGUGGUUGCACCUAUCCUCGAGUUCCGCGGCGUGAACAAGUACAAGACUACGUACGUGGACAAGCUCGCCGAGAGAGCUCUGGGUGCCGCGGCGGCGGAAAGCGCGGUCCCAGCGAGCCAGGGGGCGGGGGCGGCCAGGAUUCACGCGACGUGGAACCAGACAUCCGCUAGGACCGGCCGCCUCAGCUGCUCGAGACCGAACUUGCAGCAGAUGCCUAAGGGCAGCGAUCCACUCGCCGGAGUGGAGGGAGUGAACGUGAGGGACGCGUUUUCGGCGACGAGGUCGUUCACGCUCAUGGCCGCCGACUACAGCCAAAUAGAGAUGAGGGUGCUCGCCGACGCUUGCCGAGACCCUGGGUUGAGGAACCUCUUCGCCACUCUUGGGGGCACGAACGACGCGGGUGCUAGCACUGGUGGAGGCGACGUGUACAGAAAGCUGGCUGCGCAGGUGUUCGCCAAGGAGGAACACGGCGUCAGCGACGAGGAGCGGAAUCGCGCCAAGGUGGUUUGCCUGGGAAUCACGUACGGUAUGGGAACCCCGCAGGUGGCGAAAAAGCUAGAGAUCACCGAGAGUCAGGCCCAAGGGCUCGUGCGGUCAUUCCUGAAAGCCUUUCCCGGGAUCGAGCCCUUCAUGGCCGCCACACGCAGGUACGGCACACCGUGCAGACACCAAAUCUCUCAGCGAAGGUUCGCGAGGGAGAACGGCUACGUUUGCACCCUGACGGGACGGCGCCGACACCUGCCCGAGAUCAACAACUCUCGCAACGCGGCCGCCAAGGCGCAGGCGGAGAGGCAGGCAGUCAACAGCGUUGUCCAGGGUACCGCGGCCGACAUCAUGAAGACAGCCAUGGUGCUGGUGGCCCGUCGUCUCGAUGCUUGGCGGUCUAGCCUGGAUGAGGGCCUUGACUGUCCCAGGCUCAUCAUGCAGAUCCACGACGAGCUUGUUCUCGAGUGCCCGGCCUGUGAGGAAGACCUGGAGAGACUCAAGGGUUUGCUGGCCGACUGCAUGGAGGUGGAAGCUCCGGCGGUGCUGGGCAUCAAGUGCCCGCUGACCGUCAACAUGCUAGUGGGCAUGUCAUGGGGCAGCAUGAGGAGGGUCGUAUCUCACGACGAGGAUGACGACGAUAGCGAGUAGCCUUGAUUGUGCGUGCGAUGGUGUGAUUUUCACAUGGUAGACUGCGCUACCGGCCUGAUCGACAUGAAACGUUGGUUGUGUGUGCGGGCGCGUAUCCCGCUCAUUUUCUUUCCUACAAAAGGCGUUGUUUGGAAUUGGUCCCUAGAUGACAACGGCAACGACAACGAUAUCGCCGUUGAUUGAUUUGUCUCUGUUGUUUGUGCCUUGUUUUAUUUCUCGUCCCAGAACUUCCUUGUCGCUAAAGUUGAGUUGAGCAAAACGUUGUUGCUGGGUGCAACAAAUAUUUUCACCGUUGGCUGCACCCUCGUUUUUGCUGGGAAAGGCAGCGUUACUCUCUUUUGUACUGCUUGCAUUGUGGUCGACGUCGUGUUGUACGCAAUGUAUUGUACCACGUUGGUUUACGUGUGGAGCCGAUUUGAGCAACGCGUUCUCCUGUGCUGCAUCGGUACGUAGGAAAAGUUGCAGCCUGGUUGUGUUAGUUCACGAUACGCGGGAAUGGUGUUGUACGCCUGUUUUUGUCUUUCGCUUGGUUCGUGGCGUAACCCAUCAAAAUGUUUCUCAGAU